GGAUCUAACGAGAAAUCGCAUCCCAGCAUUCGAUACUGAUGAACAUGUUAGGCAUGAAAGGCUCCCAAUCGUCCGUGAGGCUUAUGCACAUCAGUUCAGGGAAGAUUUCACACUUUUCCUGCAGCUGAGAGCCAAAGAAUUGGUCUCGGGAGGCCGAAUGGUUAUUUCCCUAGUAGGGACGCGUUCUGAUGUAAUUGCUUCCAAAUUCUUUCUUUUCCCAGGAAUUGUAGCUCAAAUUCUAAGUGUCAUGGUCACUGAGGGUGUGAUCGACAAAGAAAAGUUUGAUUCUUUCUAUGUGCCCGUGCAUGGACCUUCCGGCGAAGAGGUGAGGGAAAUCAUUGAAGAAGAGGGCUCCUUUUCCAUCAGGGAGAUGCGGGUGCACGACCCUACGACCGAAAUGAACACUGCUCUGAGCACCCCAAGGAAGUUCGUCAAUAAUCUGAGAGCCUUAUUCGAGCCGAUAAUAGUCCAGCAUUUUGGAGACAUUAUGGAUGAAUUUGUGAGGACUGCGGAGCUGCACUGGAGCCUGGAUCCGGAUGGGAGCUUGCAAGAGGAGCGGGCCAGAACCUCUCGAGCUAUGCUGGUUGUAUCCCUCGCAAAGGUGUCAUGAUGAAGUAAAGGUGCCUGAAGAUUACAUGCACCGAAUUUCAUAAAAUUGUACUAUUGCUUACUUUGAAGCAACAAUGUGUGCCCAUUUAAUUGUGUGAACUACUGUAGUAGUGGUGUUCCGUGAAUGUACUCAUGGAUGCACCAAAUGAACUUCCAUCUCGCAUAUAAAUAAGCAAAAUGCCGUUGCGUGUGCAAUGUGGUGUGAUGUAUGGUGUGCACAAAUUCAGCCAGACAUUUGUGUCAUGUAUCUGUUUUAGUAAGAUCUGCAAUGAGAGUGAAGCAGCCAGAAAUUCCAACCUUCGUUA